GGAGAGGCAGUAUUUCACUGAGCUGAAAGAGAUACAGAGCUGCGGAGGAGGAGAGAGAAAGAGAGAAAAAAGAGAGAAGGUGGAGGCAAAAGACAAGCCUUCUUCUCCUUUGUAAGACAAGUGAGCAGUACACCUCGAGCGCUCCAAAAUCAGCACAGACCUUGACUGACACACACUCAUGCGUGCACACCCACACCCAGCACGUUUGAGGUUGUGGAAUGUGCCUGCUGUGGUGGAGACUGACAGGGCAGGCAGCCAGCGUUGAGUCACAGCACUGCGCUUUCUAUAGAAGAACGCCGGCUGCGCCCUGGAAACACAUACAGAAAGCUUUGCACAUACAAAACACCCCUGAAUACUACGGACAUAACACAGAUACUUCCACACCCAAGGAUUAAUGAUUGAUGAAACAGUGACUGCAUGCAAGCCAGAACCGGGGCUGUCAUCUCUGCACUGAAUGAUGGAUGCUCCUUGUCCUGGAUGGUAGGCACUGAGGGACCUUUCAACAGGAUUGUGUAUACAGUGUGUGAGUGUCAGGAUGGCGACAUGGAUCUGGACCGUUGUACUUUGUGUGGCACUGUGGAGAGAGUCUUCUGUACGAGGAUUGAAGAACUAUCCAAGAUUACGGCUGUCCCAUAAAGAGCUGUGGGAGUUAAACAGGACAUGGGUGUUCCAGGCGGCAGAAGGGAGUCUGCAGCAUUACAGUAUGCUGCUGGAUGAGACUCAGGAGAGGCUUAUUAUUGGAGGAAAAAACACACUGUACUCUCUUAACCUGGACAGAGUCAGUGAACCUCAUAGAGAGAUCCACUGGGCUACCUCUGAAGAGCAGGUGAAGGACUGUCUUAUGCAGGGCAGGGAGAAGCCGGAGUGUGCUAACUACAUCAAGCUGAUCCAGCCAUAUAACAGCACUCAUCUGCUGGCAUGCGGCACUGGAGCCUUCAGCCCGAUGUGUGCCUACAUCAGAGUCAGCAAUCAAGCAGAGGAAGGAGUGUUUCAGCUAGAAUCGGAGCACAUUGAGAGUGGCAGAGGGAGAUCCCCGUUUCAUCCCAACAGCCCCACAAUGUCCACGGUGUCCAGGGAUCAACUGUUUGUAGCAAUAUACACUGAUUACUGGGAGAACGAUGCUGCGCUGUAUCGACUCGGCAGCCAUAGCUACACCAGGACCGAAGUAGGAGACAGACAGCAGCUAAAUGAGCCCAAGUUUGUUGGUUCUGUGGUGAUCCCUGAUAACGAUGACCCUGCUGAUGACAAAGUUUACUUCUUCUUCACUGAGAAAGUGUCCACAACAGAGGCAGGAAAUAAGGCUGUCUACAGCAGGGUGGCUCGUGUAUGCGCUAAUGAUCAAGGUGGUCAGAGGAUGUUGGUGAAUAAGUGGAGCUCUUUCCUCAAGGCUCGUUUGACAUGUUCAGUUGCAGGACCCAACGGCAUCGACACCCACUUUGAUGAGCUGGAGGAUAUCUUUGUGCUGAAGAGAAAGGAUGAGAAGAACCCUGAGAUCUUUGGUCUAUUCAGCACAACCAGUGCCGUGUUUAAAGGUUAUGCUGUGUGUGAGUAUAACAUGGAGGAGAUCCGAGCUGCAUUUAAUGGUCCGUUCGCACACCGAGAGCACAGUGACCAUCACUGGGGUGUGUAUGAAGGGAAGGUCCCAUACCCUCGCCCUGGAUCUUGUGCCAGUAAGAUUAAUGGUGGCCAGUUCUCCAGUUCUAAGGGAUUUCCAGAUGAGGUUCUGCGCUUCAUACGUUCACAUCCCCUCAUGUUCCAGCCAGUGCAGCCGGUCCACAGGAGGCCCAUCCUGCUGGACACAGAUGGUGGACGCAGGCUCACUGAGAUUGCUGUGGACAGAGUGGAGGCUGAGGAUGGACAUUAUAAUGUCCUGUUCAUUGGGACAGAUGAUUCAUUUGUGUUAAAAUUAAUCACCAUUUUCAACAAAGAGGCCAACACGAUUGAAGAAGUGCUUCUGGAGGAGCUACAAGUGUUCAAGGUUCCAGUGCCUGUUACAGAAAUCAUCAUCUCAAAUAAAAGGCAACACCUGUACGUGGGCUCAGAACUGGGAGUGACACAGGUUCAUGUGCACCAGUGUAGCCUGUAUGGCUCAGCCUGCGCUGACUGCUGUCUAGCCAGAGACCCUUAUUGUGCCUGGGAUGGACACACCUGCUCCAGAUACAUACCUGCUGGCAUUUACACUCACAAGAGGCGAUUCAGAAGGCAGGAUGUCCGUCAUGGCAAUGCAGUGCAGCAGUGUAAUGGUCUCCAAUUGAACGAGGCCCAGAGCAUAUCAGAGAAGUUAGUGUAUGGAGUGGAAAAGAACAGCACUCUGUUAGAGUGUAGAGCCCGAUCCCUACAGGCUUUACUCACAUGGUACAAAGUGAAAGGAACAGACAUGGAAGAGAUAAAGGGCGAUGAUCACAUUAUUCAGACGCCUCAUGGCUUACUGUUUCUGAUAACCAAGAAGUCCGACACCGGUGUGUACCUGUGCCAGUCUGUGGAGCACGGCUUUGUUCAGACCAUAGCCAGGGUGACUCUGGAUGUGUUGGAAGAGGACAGACUGGAGAGUCUGUUCCAUAGACGAGACUACGAUGAGAGCGAGGCCCAACUGCGUUCUCACCCUUGCCCCUUCCCAAGCCUCCCAUCUGCCUCUUCGUCCAGAAAGCUCUGGUAUAAAGAAUUUAUGCAGCUGAUUGGUUACAGCAACUUCCAGCGAGUGGAACAGUACUGCGAGAGGGUGUGGUGUGCAUCCGAAAGAAAGCGGAAGAAGCUCAAAGGCGCACCGUCUAAGUGGCGGUAUUCCCAGGGGGGUGAGCGGCGAGCAAAAGCUCGGGCACCCAGACAUAGUGAAGAGUGAAGUGAAGAGCUCCAUAUACCCUGAACUGAACAGACAGACUACGGGGUUGUGUUCACACAUCCAGAUAAUAUUCAGACAUAUUUUGCCCAUUAUUGUGUAAGAUUGCAUUUAAAAAUAAAACCAAAUUAUGUUUGAGUUUUAGUAGUAUCACCUAGGAAUGCUUCUCUAGACACAGUUGGAUCUUAUUUUUGUGCUAUUCAUUGUCAAUGAUUUUUCCAAACUGAAGGAGGAAAAACAUUAAUGUGCAUGUCUGGAGAUCUGUGUUUGGUUUGGAAUGUAUUAAAAUCAUAGAAGGUGUAGAAUUCAUGUAUAUAUAUAUGUAACUGUGCUUGGUGGUAAAGCUUAUUUUGAACCUGAUUUUCAGAUACAGGAAAUUGUUUAGGUGAUAUUUUCAACAGAGACUCACAAAAUGAGAUGCAGUGACCCCACUGUUUCCUGUCACACACUGACAAACAUGGGAGUGCAGUGAUUCCAUUUACAACGGCGUGUGCUCUCAUGUGAGAAGCAACAGAAUAACCUUUUUCCUUGGUUGACAGCCAAAAAAAAUUCAGAUUCAAUGAUUGUUCUUACUGAAUAGAAUGACUCAUUACUCUGAAAAUAUUUAACACUGUUCAUUCUCAGAUUAUUUCAAAGACAGGCAGCGUUUUCUGCACAUAAUUUACAUAUUUAUCAUUUGUAUUUUAUACUAAAUUAUUGUAGUUGGUGUUUGGUAGUGCUUUAAAUGUCCCCAUUAGUUUGAAUUGGAGAUAUGUUACUGCUUGUGUUAAGUCUUUCUAGGUUUUUAUCACUGAUGUGUAAUGAUCAUUUUUAAAGGCCCAGUUAUAGAGGUUUGAAAAGAGGUUUCCAGCAACAUGAAUCAUGUAGGAUUCUAUACACAUGUAAAUAUAAGGUAAAAUGGAGGUGAGUACCAAUAUAGAAGAUCUUCUUAUUUUCGUGUAGGCUACUCUAAUAAAUGUCAUAAACCAUCGUGACAUGCAGCUUGUUAUACAACAUAAAUCGGUGUACUGUGCUUAUUAGCUACUCAUGACAUGGUAUCGUUACUCUAAAGGGGCUUUAUUCAGAGUUGGUGAUUAGAGUUGCAUCAAUAUUUACACAGGUUUAUUAAUGAAGAUUAUUUAUGCUUCAUUCAGAUUACACCUCUGAGUUUGCUAGAGUUAACCGGUGUCCAUUGACUGUGUGUCUGUAACACCAAGGAUGCAGGAAAUUGGGGUGAUGUUGGUGCUGCAGCACCCUCAACCUUUAUGAUUAUAUUAACUGCUUAAUAAUAUAUAUAAUAUAUAGAUAAUGCACAUCAUACAUGUGCUGCUUGAAUGUCCAGCACUACAAUUUAACCCCAAAAUGCAUUUCUGCAUCCCUGUAUAUAACCGACUUUAAACGCAAGCGCUUGUUUUAAGUCUGAAAAAAUAGGGGAUAGAAAAUGUGGACUGGAGAAGCAGCUUUUUUUACUUUUCUGUCAAAUGUAAUCUGAUGUAAUGAGGAAAUAGAAUGUAAAUAUAUAUGAAUGUGAAGAUAGCAACAAUUGAAAUAAAGAUCUAAUAGAAGCUGA